AUAGUGUCUUCACAAUUUCCUCAAUGUGCUAAAAUGUGCUGAUAACACACUUAAGAGGGAUGUGCUUCAGAUUUGGUAAAGUCACGCACCCCGGUUGUGAGGUGUAAUAUCUGGCAUCACGAGUGAUCUGAGCAUGAAUAUAAAUGUAUUCCUGACAGCGAAGAGAAGAGGAUAUUGUAACUGGGAAGCGACUGAACAUCAUCUGGGAGGCGUCUAAUACAGAGACCCGCCUGCCCCGGCUAAAGGUGACUGCGCUGUUUAUCUGACUUUGGGGAGCUCGGUCAGUAUCCGUGUUGUAUCAUCUGGUCUCAAACAUGAGCGGAAGAGUCGGAGACCUGAGUCCUAAACAGGCUGAAGCACUGGAGCAGUUUCGAGAGAGGAUACAAGAUAUUCUGCCUCAACUUCCUGCACAGCAUGAUCACUUCCUGUUACGCUGGCUCAGAGCCAGAAACUUCAAUGUGCAGAAGUCUGAGGCCAUGCUGCGAAAGCAUUUGGAGUUCAGGAAACAGAUGAAAGUAGACGCAAUAAUCACCGACUGGCGUCCACCAGAGGUGAUAGAGAAGUAUCUGUCCGGAGGGAUGUGUGGUCACGACAGGGAAGGCAGUCCCGUCUGGUAUGAUGUCAUCGGCCCUGUGGAUCCUAAAGGCCUGUUCCUGUCUGCAUCAAAGCAAGACUUCAUCAAGUCCAAGAUCAGAGACUGCGAGGUCCUGCAGCAGGAAUGUGACCUGCAGUCGCAGAAGCUUGGGAGGAACGUUGAGUCAAUCACCAUGAUCUACGAUGUAGAAGGUCUGGGUCUGAAACACUUAUGGAAGCCUGCUAUAGAAACAUAUACAGAGAUCCUCCAGAUGUUUGAAGCCAACUACCCAGAAGGCUUGAAAAGGCUUUUUGUCAUUAAAGCUCCUAAACUCUUUCCUGUAGCUUACAACCUUGUAAAGCAUUUUCUGAGUGAGAACACAAGACAAAAGAUCAAUGUCCUCGGGGCUAACUGGCAGGAGGUUUUAAUGAAGUACAUAGAUGCAGAGGAGCUGCCGGUGAUAUACGGGGGUAAACUGACGGAUCCUGAUGGAGAUCCUCGCUGUCGCACCAUGAUCCACCAUGUGAGCCCUGUCCCCCCCUCCUACUACGUGCGGGACCAUGUUAAGAUGGAAUACGAGCAAUGUACCACCGUCAGCCGAGGCUCCUCCCAGCAGCUGGACUAUGAGAUACUGUUCCCAGGCUGCGUUCUCAGAUGGCAGUUUGCCAGUGAAGGUGCAGACAUUGGUUUUGGGGUGUUUGUGAAGGCUAAAAAGGGCGAAAAGAAGAAGGCAGCUCAGAUGGAGGAAGUGGUGGCCAGCCAGCGUUACAACGCCCACCUAGUGCCCGAAGACGGAUCACUGACCUGUGAACGCCCGGGAGUCUAUGUCCUGAGAUUUGACAACACUUACAGCAUCUUCCAGGCCAAAAGAAUCAGCUUUACCGUAGAGGUCCUUCUCCCGGAACGCUUACAGUCCACACACACUAACGGCGGGUCCAAAACCACCACUGUGCAAGCUGAGGGCAUCAGCCAAUCAUAACCAUAAAGAGGUGCCACUCCCAUGUUGUCAGUUAAAGCACAGCCUGACAUACUUGAGUUGAAAAGGAAAAUGCAACAUGCUGCCAUUAUCCAAAAAGUAUUUAAACUAAGUCAGGUUCUUGGUGUUCAACCGUUUUAAUCAUUUUUAAUGACGACUUUAUUCAUGUGUUUUUAAUUUAAGAACAUUCGUUAAUCCACAGGUGGAUAAUAUGAACAAAAGAAUAUGGAGACCCCCAUUCCAACAAUUUAGUGUACUUUUAGUUAUGGUUUUCAUGGUUUGGACAGCUAAUAUAUCAUUGUGACAAGAAGCUAGUACGGUGGCCGACAGGUGCAGAUGCGCUAACAUGGCCCAAAACAUUUUCAUGAGGAGAGAUGCGCUGCAGUUUCAAAAGCGAUGCAAGUGCCAAAAUAAUUGUAAAUGAAGAAACAUCUUCACCAACUUGAUAAAACCUGCACAGCUUAACUAGAAGAGCUGCAUGAAAGACGUGAUGCAAAUACAAAACGCUGCAAGAAGCUCAAAUCACAACAGAAACAGGGACACUAAAAGAUGCACACAGCUGGGACCGAAGCAUCACUUCUUUGAGUGCAGCCCAUUUUUCCUGAUUGAAGUAUUACGGCUGUUGGCCACUGUAGGAUAGCGACCUAAAUUAGCUGCUACUAGCAUUACAAAAUCCAAUCAAGUACAAUAAUGUUGUAGGAGUGCAAUGCUUAAUCUACAAAGAUCCUCUUAUGUGUUUAUAGUGGUCACAUUUAAAUAGUUCUUUUCAAUGACAUUCAAUAACAAUAUAAGCAUUCCAGUCAAUGUAAAUAUGUUUUGUUGUAAGAAUAACAAUAUAUUGUUUGUUUUAAGACUCAAAGAAAAAAGAAAUCAAGAAAAAUAAUAUAACUUUAUAUAGCCUACCUCUUUUUGCCUUUAAUGUUUGCUUAGAAAUAUUGUCAAAUUGAAGUUUCACUGAACAUUCAUUUAAGACCUAAAUACACAUUAUUGAAUUAAGUUGUAUUAAUCUUAAACCGUUUACAUUCAAGUGCAUUCCCUUGACAUUCUAGCAAUGCACUUUCAUGGUUUCAAUAUUACUUUAAAUAUUUAUUUCUUCAUUCCUAAUUUGUUUCCGGAAACUGGGAGGAAAAUUAUUUAUAUUUUUAAUAUAAUAGCUAAAUAUUAAAGUCUAUAUAUAGACUAUAUACGAUUCAUCAGGGAAUACCCAAAUAUUCAUGGGAAAUUGUCUGCAGUAAAUUGAAUGAAAUAGUUUACCUGCACUUGACAAUUACUGAAUGUAGAGUGUGGCAGAAUAAAAGCUUUUCACAUUAUUUUCGUUUACAUUUUGUACAAUUCUCGGAGACUUUUGCAGGAAGGCAAACUCAAACAUAAAGAAAAUAUGCUCUCUGUUAUGUCUGUACUGUCAAAACUGUGUUGAUUAAAAUCUUUUCACAUGAAGAUACUACAAAAACAAUUGUAAGAGAAGUAAAUAAAUGUGUGACUAUACUUAAAA